AUGACAAAGGCUGUGUACUUUAGUAAAUUCCAAGUCACAAGUCAGGUCUUUUUGAAGACCCAUUAUAGCUAUGCGCUAGUCAAUUUGAAGCCCUUGGUACCGGGGCACGUUCUUGUUGUACCUUUAAGGACGCAAGCUAUAAGAUUAAGUGACUUAUCAACAGAGGAGUCAAUUGAUUUUUUCCAAACAGUGCAACUAGUUCAGAAAUUUAUUUAUUGGCAAUAUAAGGCUGAUUCGAUGAAUAUUGCAAUUCAAGAUGGUCCCGAAGCUGGUCAAACAGUUCCGCAAUUACAUGCCCACAUAAUUCCAAGAUACAAAGCAAACAACAUAGGCGAUAAAAUCUACGAUAAAAUUAACGGGUGGAGAUUUCAAGAAUGGGAAAAUGACAGAAGAGAGUACCUUAAGACAAGCGCAACCGCAGAAAACAGCUUGGCAAAACCUGACUGUGACCGUAAACCAAGAACCCUGGAAGAUAUGUCAAAGGAAUCACAAGAUUUGAAAGCCAGACUCGACCUUUUCCUUGAGGAGCAUUCGGAAAUUAGUUUUAAAAAUUUCAUUUAA